AUUUUAUACGAAAAAAUGCCGUGUGAUUUUGAAAAAGAAACUUUGUACAACGGCGACCCCUCUGUCCAUGUGCUGUUGGUCCCAUGUAGAUUAAAAUAGUUACUGGCAGAAACUCUUUGUAAAAAGAGGGAAAGAGAUAAUGAAGACAAUUAGGGGACAAUUUUGUUUCUACAAUUGUUUUUGAAAAUUUUUCGGGAAUCAUUGGAUAAAAGUCUAAAUGGACAUCUGUUGUUGGACUGGAAAUUCAUGCUCAAAUUUUAUCAAAUUCAAAGCUGUUCUCUGGAGCAGGAACUGAAUUUGGGCUGCCAGUUAAUACAAGUGUUUCACUGUUUGAUGCAGCUAUUCCAGGAACCCUUCCAUCCAAUUGUAAUUUUGCAGGUUCUGAAUCGCAGAUGUGUUGAAGCAGGUGUACUGACAGCUUUAUCCUUAUCAUGCAGGAUAAAUGCGAUGUCACUGUUUGAUCGUAAACAUUACUUUUACUCUGAUCUUCCAGCUGGCUACCAAAUUACGCAACAACGCCUUCCACUAGCUCAAGGUGGGCAAAUAGAUUUCCAUGUUUUUACCCAAGGUGUGCAUAAGAAGCCUUAUAAGAAAACAGCAAGGAUACAUCAGCUGCAGCUUGAACAAGAUAGUGGAAAAUCUCUUCAUGAUGAAAUUUUGAACAGGAGUUUAGUGGACCUAAAUCGAGCAGGGUUACCAUUAAUGGAAAUAGUAUUUGAACCAGACCUUAAUGAUGGUGAAGAGGCAGCUGCACUAGUCCAGGAACUAGUACUAAUACUGCAGCGGCUAGGAACUUGCUCCUGCAAGAUGGAAGAGGGUGCCUUACGAGUUGAUGCAAAUGUGUCUCUGCAUCAAAGUGGUGAACCAUUGGGUGUUCGUACUGAAAUUAAAAACAUUGGAAGUGUGAGAGCUGUGGCCAAUGCAAUUAAAUAUGAAAUAGAUCGUCAGAGAAGAGAAUUGGAAAAUGGGCACACAAUUGUGAAUGAAACACGUGCAUGGGAUGCAGAAAGUAAACAGACUGUGUCAGUGAGGGACAAGGAGCAAGUACAGGAUUAUCGUUAUAUGCCUGAACCCAAUUUGCCACCUCUCUGGCUGUUGAUAGAUGAUAAGCCUCUGCCAGAGAAUGUUGACAGUCGUGAACUGGUAAAUGUGGAAGCACUAAGGAAGGAACUUCCGGAGAUGCCUGAAGAAACACGAAAUAAAUUAAUUCAGAAUUAUGCAUUAUCACUGGAGACAGUUUUUAUACUAGUGAGAGAAAGCAAAUUAUUGCAAUAUUUUGAAGACAUCAUGAAAGAAAAUCCUAGCAGAAACCCACAGAGAGUUGCAAAGAUUCUUAUAAUGGAUUUUCUUACUGCUUUAAACAAAAAGAAUGUGGAUCUGGAUAAUUGUCAAGUACCAGCAAGUUUCCUAGGAGAACUAAUAGAUAUGCUUCAGAAUGAUGUUAUUAACUUACAAGUGGCAAAGAAAGUUCUAGAAGAACUUCUUACUGGUCCAGCAAACAGUCCAAGUGAGAUUGUCAACUUAAAUCAAUGGAGUCAGAUAAUACAUCCAGAUGAAAUCAACAAGAUUUGCAGAGAUGUGAUAUUAAAAAAUCCUAAAUUAGUAAAACAGUACAAAAAUGGAAAGAAGAAAGUACUGAAAGCUUUAUUAGGAGAAGCUGCAAGGUCAACAAAUGAAAGAGUUAAAAUGUCCCUAGUAGAACAACAGCUUAAGGCAAUGCUAGACAAGGAGUAGGGUUUCUUCAGCACAGAGUGUGUGUGUGUGUGUGUGUGUGUGUGUGUGUGUGUGUGUGUGUGUGUGUCAGGUGUAUGUUUGUAAGACCUGACAUCAUUGGGUGAUGGAGACACAGCAAUCUGUGUUAUUUCAAACAAAUUUUAAUAGUCUCGAUCACAGUAAAAUGUAAUUACAACUUGGUGAUUACCAGCUUCAGUUGACUAGCAACCAUCCUCAGAUCUAUUGAAAUAAACAGAAAUAUUGUCUUUCUGUUAAUGUGGAAACAUAACAAUAUUUUUUAAAAAAUGUACAUUUUAUAGAAGUAAUAAAACAUGUUUAAAAAAAUCAUAUCAUGAUUACACUCAGAUUGCCACCACAGUACAGCAUUAACCACAAAAUAUCAUUCUAGUGUAAGUGUGGUAUGUUUUUUCCUAUUUUUUGUUUUAAUGUCUUUAUAAAAAUAUAUGUAUUUAAGUAUUGUUGGGUUUCCAUGUUAUCUGAAAGGGAAUUUUUCUGAUUAUUUCUAUAGCUUUGAGGAUGGUUGUGUCAACUGAAACCGGUAAUUAUCAAGUUGUAAUUAUAUUUUAUUGUGAGCAAGAGUAUUAGAAUUAAAUAAUAUUUGUGUGUGUGUGUACUUUCAGAUUUGUACAGUAUAUGAUGAAUGCUGUAAACUUAUCUGUAAUGUUAUUUUUUCUAAAGAUUUCAAUUAAAAGUCUGAUGACAAUUA